AAGGAAGUGAAACUCAGACAGUCAUUGUGACUGAGAGGUGAAAUGGCGCAGAAAGGAGUUCAGCUGGACUGGGAAACCUUCUCUUGUUCAAUCUGUCUGGAUCUACUGAAGGAUCCGGUGACUAUUACCUGUGGACACAGCUACUGCAUGAACUGUAUUAAAAGCUUCUGGGAUAAAGAGGAUGAGAUGCAAAUCCACAGCUGCCCUCAGUGUAGGUUGUUCUUCAUACCAAGGCCUCUCCUGGUUAAAAACACCAUGUUAGCAGUUUUACUGGAGGAACUGAAGAAGACUGGACUCCAAGCUGCUCCUGCUGAUCUCUGCUAUGCUGGACCUGAAGAUGUGUCCUGUGAUGUCUGCACUGGGAGAAAACUGAAAGCCUUCAAGUCCUGUCUGGUCUGUUUGGCCUCUUACUGUGAGAAUCACCUACAACCUCACUUUGAAUCACCUGCCUUUGUCAAACACAAGCUGGUGGACCCCUGCAAGAAGCUCCAGGAGAACAUCUGCUCUCGUCAUGAUGAGAUGAUGAAGAUGUUCUGCCGUACUGAUCAGCAGUGUAUCUGUUAUCUCUGCUCUGUGGAUGAACAUAAAGGCCACGACACAGUCUCAGCUGCAGCAGAAAGGACUGAGAGGCAGAGAGAGCUCGAGGUGAGUCGACAAAACAUCCAGCAGAGAAUCCAGGACAGAGAGAAAGAUGUGAAGGAGCUUCAACAGGAGGUGGAGGCUAUCAAUCGCUCUGCUGAUGAAGCAGUGGAGGACAGUGAGAAGAUCUUCACUGAGCUGAUCCGUCUCAUCCAGAAAAGAAGCUCUGAUGUGAAGCAGCAGGUCAGAUCCCAGCAGGAAACUGAAGUGAGUCGAGUCAAAGAGCUUCAGGAGAAGCUGGAGCAGGAGAUCACUGAGCUGAAGAGGAAAGACGCUGAGAUGAAGAAGCUCUCACACACAGAGGACCACACCCAGUUUCUACACAACUACCCCUCACUGUCAGCACUCAGUGAAUCUACAUCCAGCAUCAAUAUCCGUCCUCUGAGGUACUUUGAGGAUGUGACAGCGGCUGUUUCAGAGCUCAGAGAUAAACUACAGGACCUUCUGAGAGAGAAAUGGACAAACGUCUCACUGACAGUGACUGAAGUGGAUGUUUUACUGUCACAACCAGAGCCCAAGACCAGAGCUGGAUUCUUGAAAUAUUCACAUGAAAUCACACUGGAUCCAAACACAGCAAACACACUGCUGUUAUUAUCUGAGGGGAACAGAAAAGCAACAGUAAUGAAUCAACAACAGUCUUAUUCUAGUCACCCACAUAGAUUCACAAAAUUUUGUCAGGUCCUGAGUAGAGAGAGUCUGACUGGACGUUGUUACUGGGAGUUGGAGAGGAGAGGGGAAGGAGUUUGCAUAGCAGUUGCAUACAAAAAUGUCAGCAGAGGAGGGAGAAAGAAUAACGGUGGAUUUGGAUACAAUGACAAAUCUUGGAUGUUAAAUUGUAACAACAACAGUUAUACGUUUUGUUACAACAAAGUCCAAACUCCAGUCUCAGGUCCUCAGUCCUCUAGAGUCGGAGUGUAUCUGGAUCACAGUGCAGGUAUUCUGUCCUUCUACAGCAUCUCUGAAACCAUGACUCUCCUCCACAGAGUCCAGACCACAUUCACUCAGCCUCUCUAUGCUGGACUUGGGUUUUACUGGUCUUUUGGAGACAUUGCUGAGUUCUGUAAACUCAAAUAGACAUUUAACAUCAUUUAAGGGAGAGUGGGUUGAAUUCUGUGUUUUAAUUCUUAAACAUCAACUAAUGCAGCCAUGCAAAUAUGCAGCCAGUAUCAGGUCAAGGAAUAUGAAAUGAAAAUAUUAAUCUUUGUAUUUGGUUACAAGUAUUUCUUUUAUAACCAUUCCAGAAGUCAGAUGUCACAUUCCCAAAAACUAUUUACAACCUUUGAGCUGAUGUGAAUAACAUUUUUAAAGUGGAGACUCUUCUCUACCAUCUUUCCCAUGGGACUUGAAUGCAGCAUCAGAGUUAACAGGACCAGGAAAACAAUUUGUGAAAGUACAUAAAAAGUUGAAUUUUUAGUGAGGCUCAAAUACACUUUCAGUUGCAAGUGAAUUCAGAUUCAUUAUAUUAUAUUCUGUUUCAAGUUUAUUGGAAUUCAGUUUCAAACUAAUAAAUUCAAAUUCAAAUUAGGCUAUUCAGAUUCAGUUUUUCAAUACAGUUAUUCAAGUUUAACAAUACAAAUUCAAAUUAUGCAAUUCAAAGUCAGUUUUUUAAUGCAAUUAUUCAAGUUGAGCAAUUCAGAUUCAGUUCUAAAUGAUUCAAAUUCAGUUUCUACUGACACAAAAGUCCUCCCAUACUGAUCGUCCACUUCAAUAUGAGCGAUCACUUCAAUUUAUAUUGUACAGUUACACACCAUUUGUUUUCAUCUCGCUUUUCUUGGCCAAAUUAAAUCUGCUGGGUGUACUCUUACCAAGUGGUAACACACAGAACACUAGCAUGUUUGCUGCACAGAGUUAGCAAGAAGUGAGUGAACAUAGCAGUGUUCUGUAUAGUAAUCAGUUUUAAGCACCACUUAAAUUCUUACAAUGUAACAACAAUAUCCUUUAAUAAUAAAAUAAAUGUAAAAUAUACUUAAAAAAUAGAAUAAAAAUCUCAGUGUUCUGUGUAGUUAUCAGUUUUAAUAAGACGAAGCACAAUCAUCACAAUGAAAUUUAGAACAGUAACAGCAGAACAGCUCUGUACAGUAAACAUAUGAGUUCACUUCAGUAAUCAGUUUUAAGCAGAGUAGGUACCAUCCACUGGCUGGUCUGGCCCUGGAAAUGUUGGCCUGUGUUAGCUGCCUGGCUGCAUUCAGCUUGACUACUGUCACACUCCUGCUGGUCACCUGCACUCUCCCUGCUCAUUUUCUUCUGUGUGAAGAAAUCAGAGAUAUCUCCCUGCUUCCGUUUCAUACUGUAAUCUACAUUCAAAAUGUGUCCACAAACACAAUGAAUAGCAACAUGUUAUUUGUACUGUACCACGUACUCCGCCACUGCAAGUGAACCUCCUUAUUUCCCCCUUGCUCUGCCUCCACGUCCUGCUUUUGUGUCCACCCAGGACUGAUCAGAGUUGUUUCAUCUUUUCUACAUUUCUCCAUCCAUUGCUGAUUCUGAUGACAGUUACUCUUUCAACAUAGUCAUUUGUUUUCUUCCUGUCACUGCAGCUCUACCUAUUCAUAGCAGUCAUAAUGGGUUUGCCUGAAUGAUUGGAUGAAAUUACAGGAGACCAAACUACACUGCGUCCUUACAGGAAACUCCUAAAUGCUUUUUGUUGUAGUCCAGUCCAAUACACAAAAGCAGACUCUGAAGAAUACUGAGUGAGGCUGAGUUGGGGAGGAUUUGCCACAGACAGGUGAUAUAUCAUCAGUGACAGUGGAAAACUGUGAACACCAAAAUAACCCAGAGCAAAAGAUUGGAAAAACAAACAGGUUAUGCAGGGAGGUGUUCAAUUAAAUCCAGCAGCAAAACGGUUUGUUCAUUAAACUAAAAACAUAAUGCAGAUUUUUUUAGAAAUGACUACAACUUUACUUUCACCCAAGAACUGACUGAAUCGAAGAUUUGAGUUGGAGGUAUGUGUUGUGCUGGCAGGAUCCUAAAUGUAAAUGUGUUUGUCUGUGUCACUUUACAUUGCACCAGUAGAUGCUAUGUUAAUUCAAGAUGAGAUGUAAUGUGCCUAUGUACAGGUACUGCAAAUACAAUAUGCAAAACAUACAUUACCUGGAGGUGAGCAAUUACUGUGGUCCGUCUGU